AUGUCGCAUAGUUUUAAUCUACGUGGGUCAUCCCUCCGAGAGCUUUCUGGCGUGCUUCUCCCUCGUCGUUCGCCUACUAACAACGUGUUUACAGAUUCGGUGCGCCGCGCUGCGCGCAAAGAGGCCUGGUAUGGCGAUUCUAUGAACCCUUUCCGCAAAAUAUCGAGGGCAGCCACCGUCCCGACCCCGGGUGUAGAUAGAGAUAUAGAGGCUGCUCAAGGCGUCGAGGAUGAAACGCCACUCUCCAACGUGCAAACAGAACCAAUGCCACGGGCUUCGAACAUAAAUGAUUAUAACGACACGGUGGAGGAACUAAAACCCCAUGGCCAGCCAGCCCAAGACCAAGUGCUAGAAAGGAGAGGCAGCGAACCCCAAAGCGGAACGACAGCGGUAGAGAAACAAUCGACGCAUCGCAUGCGCAGAGGUGCCAAGUUUUGGCAGCGAAAUAAAGAUGCUGCCGAAGGCCAAGAUGAGGAUAAGCCCAAGAAAAGGCCUUGGUAUAAGGGGAAAAUCUUGGCACAUAAGGAGCCUUUCACCGUCAGGAACCAGCUGUCUCGAACCAUACUGGGUUCUUGGGUAAAUAUUCUACUUCUCGCCGCCCCCGCAGGUAUCGCCCUGAACUAUGCCAAAGUGGACGGGAAGGCCAUCUUUGUUGUCAACUUUAUCGCCAUCAUACCCCUAGCGGGCAUGCUAAGCUUUGCGACCGAGGAAAUUGCUCUUCAUGUCGGCGAGAGCUUGGGUGGCCUAUUGAAUGCUACUUUUGGUAACGCUGUCGAGUUGAUCGUCGCAAUCAUUGCUCUUUCAAAAAAUGAGAUCACUGUUGUCCAGACGUCCCUUAUAGGGAGCAUUCUCUCUAAUUUGUUGCUCGUCUUGGGCAUGUGUUUCUUCUUUGGCGGCCUCAGAAGACCGGAGCAGUAUUUCAACCAAACGGUCGCGCAGACUGCAGCCAGCCUACUCGCCUUAGCAGUUGGCAGUGUUAUCAUCCCUACUUGCUUCGACGUAUUCUCUAGCACCGACGUCACCAGGGCGCCAGAAGCCAAACUUGCAGCAAUUUCUAGAGGGACGUCCAUCAUUCUUCUCGUGGUCUACGGAGGCUAUCUUUUCUUCCAGUUGAAAACCCAUGCGAUUGCUUUUAAUGAGCAGAGCCAGAAAGUACCCAUGAAACCGCGCAAGAAAGCGCUGCCCCAGGGUGCUGUCUCCAAGGUCCUAGCCCAAGCGGGUGGAGUUGGCGCCGGCCCAGGAAGGGCGGCCGUGGAGAAUCGUUUAUCGGAGGAUGAACUGAUCAAUCGGAGUGCCCACGAGGAGGAGGAGGAGGAACCCGAGGAGCCCCAACUUCAUAUUGCAGUCGCAUGGGCCACUCUUGCCGGUGCCACAGCUAUUAUUGGACUAUGUGCCGAGUUCAUGGUUGAUGGUAUUGCCGCUGUGACCGAAGGCGGUGCUGUAUCUGUUGAGUUCGUCGGCCUCAUCUUGCUUCCGAUUGUGGGAAAUGCUGCUGAGCAUGCCACAGCCAUUACUGUCGCCUGCAAAGACAAGAUGGAUCUUGCCAUUGGUGUUGCGGUUGGUUCUAGCAUGCAGGUUGCUCUCCUCCUGAUUCCAUUGAUGGUGGUGAUUGGCUGGAUCAUGGGCAAUGACCAAAUGAAUUUGAGCUUCGAUGGUUUCCAAGUUACCGUUUUAUUCGUCGCCGUGCUGGUUGUUAACUAUUUGAUUAUGGAUGGGAAGUCACAUUAUCUUGAAGGCAUGCUUCUUCAAUGCCUGUAUUUGAUAAUCGCCGUGUGUGCAUACCACUACCCACAGAAAGAUCCAAAGACGGGCAUAGCGAUCCCUGGAACAUAG